AUGGUCGUCAAUGGGUUAACAGUUGGCGAUGUCAUGAUUUCAAAAGCCGCUCCUGAAGACCGCUCAACCGCUGCGGCCCUGUUCGAUGGCGCAUUUUGUUUAGGAAUUGCUCUAGGACCAGGCUUCCAACUGAUCUUUUCACCACUCAGCUAUCCGGGUACUAUGAUCGGACGGUUUUGGAUCAAUAUGUAUACAAUGCCUGCGAUUGUUGCCAACGUUUUGGUUGCGAUUACAUUGAUCAUUAUGAUGUUCUUUUUCGAAGAAGCGCCGAUGUUCCGUGACGAAAAGCGGGAAAGUGUCGUCAGCACAGAUACCGAAGUCUCUCUAUCCCUGCCACCAUUCGAUAAGUUAGCUGUAAUGUGCUGUAUUUUUGCAAAAAUGGUGCAAAUGUUUAUCUACGCAAACAUGGAGACCAUCGGCUCUAUGUAUACUCAACAGAUGUUUGAUUUGACACGUACCGAAACCACUCAAUUCAACUCGAUUCUUGUCUCGCUGUCUGGUUUUGUCGGAUUCGCUUUUCUUCUGACAUACGUUUGGACGAAAAUAGGGAAACGAAUCGAUAACCGGAUUGGAGCGAUCAUCGGUGUGCUCAUUUGUGUUGGGUUUCUAUUUACCACAUACUCGUGGUGGUUCUACCCGGAAACCAUCGAACAUGACGGCUGUCAUUCACCAUGGUGUUCCACCACUCCUAAAAUCCCUUGGACACUGUAUGCCGGCUCUUACGUGAUCGUAUUCGGAGUAGGAUUCGCUAUGAUGAACGUACAUUUGGCUUCGAUGUAUUCAGGAGUGCUGGGACCACGGCGACAAGGCACUAUGCAUGGUAUCAAUACACUUCUGGCCAGCUGUAGUCGAGUACUGGGACCUGUGGCCGUUACUGAUAUGUUCGGCUACUUCGGUCCUCAGGUCGUCUGGAUAUUCCAACUAGGAGUUUGGGCAUUGCUACUCUCCGCUAUUGCUGCCUGUUAUAAACGGCUAGUUCCUCUAGACGUACCUCAGCAGAAUCAGGAGUAUUCAGACGUCGAAGAGGAAGACAAGAAACCGAUCGAUAAUGAUCAAUAA